CGUUGUUGGACUACAGACUGCAUACAGAGUGAAUGUGACGUCAUCUCCGGCAGCCGAGGUUUUCGGUUCAAACUGUUCAAAUCUGUUGGCGGUAGGAAAUUGACAGCUUUCUACGUUAAAGUCACUGACUGACUGCUGUGAUCAUAUCAAUGGCUCCACGUAAACUUGUCAUUAAGUGUGGGAACUUUGCUGUGCUGGUGGAUCUCCACGUUCUGCCCCUGGGCGGCCAAGAGGACGCCAGCUGGUUUACUGCGGACCACGUCGAGGAGGUCACAGCCCUGGUUAGAGAUGCCGUGGACCAGAGGGUUAAGCAGUACACAGAGUUCCUCCACAAUAGAAGACAAGCGAAAGUGAAGAAGGACCUGGCACCUGCUGCGGCCUUCUAUGUGAAAGGGGAAAACUUCAACCUGGUCGCCAAUUUUCUGAAGCGGCACUCCAGUCUCAGAUGUGUUGUCAAGCAAGAUUUGCGUGUGUUUCCCGAACGGUAUGUUGUGUGUGUGAGCUGUCCAGAAGAUGCCUCAGCGCACCAUAGAAACCCGAGCCUGGCCGCGAGUGAGCUGAGUGAACAAAGCAGAUCGGAAUAUUUUUCCAAUGUGGGAGAAACCCAAGAGCUUUUAAACUGCUCCACAAAAACAAAGAAGACAGUGCUUCAAAAGAUAGCCAAACAAGCUAGUGUCCAGGAAGAACUACAUGGUUCCACUACGGGGGAGCAGCAAAUGGAUCUGAGAGCCGAUCUUGAGGAGAAUCAGCAGCGAGUUGAGAAUAGUCCUCCAGGCAACAUUAUCCUAAACGGGGCCUCAGCAGGUUUUUGCCAACACGAAAUCAGUCAGGAGAGUGGCAAGAGAUGCAAGUCGAGUGAUGCUGGGGAAGACCCUCACCCCCGGAGGGCCAAAAGGACUUGUGUUGGAAGACCUCCAGCCACAAUUCAAAGUCACUCCACCGAGUGCACCACACAAACAUCCAAGCAUGACCUUCUUCCUCUGCCGCCCCUUCCUCCAGUCGAAGCCAAGGCAGAGUCCAAGGCUUUCCCUGUCUCAGAGUGCAAGAAAACCACAGUGGAAGUAGAGCUGCUUACUCCAGGGAAACGGGCCCAGAGGCUCCCCCUCACAAGCAAUAACACGGCACAGACAAACCAAAACAGGCUGGCCGCAAGUCUGAGGGGCCUAUCUGUCAAGCCUGCAUCCUCUGGCUCCUCUAUUGGUUCCAGAUCCACGCUGGGAGAGGAGGGGGGUGUAAAUGUGCCCAGAACCUCGAGAUUACGACGACUGAAGAGGUCCUGAGGUGGUGGGGUGGCUACAGCAAAGAUGCCUGACGCCACGGAGAUAGAGAUGAUAUUCUGUCGUGCUACAUGCUUACCCUAGGUAGACCAUGCUUUCUUCUCACAUGACCAGCUGACUAGCAUUAUUUGUGCUUGUGCAGCUUUUUACUACGUUAUCUUUUUCUUUUUUUUUUGUGCUGCCCUCACUGUGAACACACAUGCAGAUCAAAUACUGAAUGCAUUACAGCAAUUGAUACAUGAGCCUUUGACUUGGGCUUUGUCAGAUACUUGAAACAGAAUUAGCCUCCACCCAUAAGUAGUGGUGGUCAAGAGAGGCUCGCAAAUGAAAGUCAAAAACCUUUAAUUGGAGUUUAGAUUUGGUUUUGUGUUAAAGAUCGAGGAUUUCAGACAGGCAGGAGCCAUGCAGUACGUCAUGGCUCUCGGUCUGAAAUACUGGCUCCUAUGUGUCUGAAAACUGUCCAGUUUCCCCGCUGAAGCUCUGGUGUGAUUGAUUGCUGUUUCCAGAUUUAUUUCAGCACCCCAUUCUCAAAAAUGUAUUUGUGUAGCUCGAUCUCAUUCAUAUACAAUUUGCUCAGUGCUCAGUUGCUUAGCACCUGAUAUCUAUUUUUAAAUGUGAACAUUUUAUUCAACUUUUAAAACUGAACUUCAGCCAAACAUGUCCUCAAAACGUUUGUGUUUUUUUGCAGUAGCAAGAUAAUCCACGUCGUUUCAGGUUAAACACAAGCGGCUGUCGUCAUCCCCACACUCGGCAGGACUGUUCAUAUCACUGUACUGGCCCAGGCCCAAACUGAGCAUGUGGCAACUAGGAGCCAACACUCGUUUGAAAAUCAAGAUGUUCCAUUUCAUGACAUAAUUUUGCCUGAAUGCAUUACUUGUGAAAUAAACUUGUGUUUCCCCAUGAGAACGAAAAAAAAUCUUCUCUGAGUGUUUGUGGAAAUAUGCAAAUAGGCUGAGAAUUCUUUGGAAAGGAGCCUGCACGAACUACAUGUACAGUAAAUCUCACUGCAUUGUAUUGUUUUCCUCUCACGCGGUCUAGACUGGCUUAUGGCAGCUCGUCAGGGAAGGUUUGUCAUUAUUAGUGGUUGUAACCCAAGUCACUACCGGAAACCAGUUCUGUUCAAGACCGAGACAAUAUGGAAGAUUUGUGGAUAUGGACCUAAU